AUGACAUUCGCAGGCUAUCUGUUCCGCCAAAUAUUCGUCCACCCCAACCAGCUUCCUCCUCAUCUCGACCUCUCUGGACGAACCAUUUUAAUUACAGGAGCAAGUUCCGGAAUUGGUCGUGAAGCUGCUAUUAAAUGUGCACAGUAUCACGCAAGCCACUUGAUUCUUGCCGUGCGCAACGUCGCCAAAGGCGAAGAAGUCAAGAACCAGAUCUUACAGCAGAUCAAUUCCCUUCGUCUCUCAGCAACAAAUCAAAAGAAACUAUGCAAAAUUGAAAUAUGGGAAAUUGAUCUGACAGAGCCUUCUUCGGUUGUCAAAUUUGGCCAACGAGCUCAAAGCCUUGAUCAACUCGACGUGGCGAUACUGAACGCCGGUAUCUUCUCUCCCAGCUUCACCACUACUCCAGCGACAGGCCAUGAGACGAUGCUUCAAGUAAACCAUUUAUCAAACGCUCUUUUAUCCGCCCUUCUCUUACCAGUGUUGCAAAGAACGGCACAGGCCCAGGGCCGCCCAUCAAGGCUGACCUUCACUUCCUCCGAGGUUCACAUGUGGACACCGUUCAAAGAAGGCACAAAACCCGUUAUUUUCAACGAAAUCAACGAUCCAGACCAAUUCGAGCUAUGGAAGAGCUACGCCAACAGCAAGCUUCUAAAUGUCUUCUGGGCACAAGAACUAUGCCACCACAUCAAGGCCGAUGAAGUCAUCAUCAACUUACUCAACCCGGGAAGCGUCGAUUCUGGGUUGCAUCGUGAUUUCAACAAAGCCGUGCAAAUGUUCGACAAGAUCGUCGGACGGACGCCUGACGAGGGUGCUCGUUUACUUCUAGAUGCCGCCUUAGUUCAAGGUAUCUCGACUCAUGGAAAAUAUCUAAGUGAAAACAAAGUUACACCGACUGGUGAUGUUGUUCGUAAGGACGAGAAGGGUAAACUGCAGAUCAAGGUGUGGAAUGAGACGGUGGAAGACUUGCAGCGACAUGCAUCUCUGACCGAGUUAAGUUGUGAUAGAAAAACACCAUGUCAACACUGCGUCAGUCGUGGCGUGGCAGGACGCUGUUCAUAUCAAGAAACGAAACCUAAGCCACCUACUAGCCUAGAACGAGGCGAAAGUAGCGACUCAGAUUCAUUUGGAAUGGACGAAAGUUCUGAGCUUGGGUACAUGAAACAUGGACCCGGUGCUCUCCAAGAAGUAGAAAGAGCCAAUUUUGUUUCUCGGCCACGAAAAAAGCAGUUUGAUCCCAGCCAUUCCUCUCAACAAAACCAACGAACAAUACAGCGAAUGCUACCCAAAAAGCCUAUCAUCGAUGAUCUUAUAGCUAUAUUCUUCAAAGAAGUCAACCGAGUCUAUGAAAUGAUUUACGAGCCUAUAUUCAUGCGAGAUUACGAGCUAUGGUGGUCACAACUGCACGACACAGGCACAAAUACUGAUUUUGCGCUUCUUCUAUUGCGACUUUGUAUUCUGAGUGUGCAAUCUAUAAAGGACUUCGACAAAGACUCUAAUAUUCAGGAGAAUCACCCGGUGGACACCCUCAACUCGCCUGUUAAACUCGAGAAAAGGCUGUGCCGUAUAGCUGAAGAUCUAGAUUCCCGGCGGCCUCGCAAGCACUCCCUCCUUGUUGUACAGCACAUGUUUUUUCAUGUCUGUUAUCUCAAAAACAGGGGUCAGAUAAAAGACAGUUGGCUCGUUCUUGCAGAUACAGUUAGGGAAGCACAUGAGAUCAGCCUCCAUCUCGAAAGACCUGGUGUCAGCGAGCUCGACCAAGAAUUAUGGAGACGAGCUUUUUGGAGCCUUUACAUUUGGGAUCGGUUCAUGUCAACAUUUCUUGGCCGUUGGCCGCUCGUUCCGGAAGACCACUGUGAUAUCGAUCUACCGCAUGACAAUAUCCAAGCCAUCACAACUAGCCCUAAUAUUCUCACACAAUAUACUGAUCGACUGUUUCAAGUUCAUGUAGCUCGCUUUAUCUCACAUACUAUAGGCUCUAAAGCCUGGAAAAAGGACCAGUAUGAUCAUGCAAUAGUGACCAAAAGCAUUCAGCUCUUUGAGGAAAACAUCAUUCGUCGACUCCCUCCUGCGCUUUCUGUCACAAAUCCUGACAGAACCUGGGAUAUUGCACUGCCUAGUUUAGUCGUUAAGCGCGAAACUUUGCAUAUGACGAUUUAUUCAGCAGUUGCCGGCCUUUAUCGCGCAUUUUCCAAUCCUUGGGAAUUGCCCACCAAGACGACAAGCAUUGAUGAAGAGAACGAAGGAUGUGAUGAUUUAAACGUAUCGUACUAUUGCAACCUAAUGAGUGAGCUAUGCAAAGUCCUCGACUCAUCUAUGAGAUUGUACGAUAUGCGACCUAGUAGCCAAACAGAGGGUUUCUUCAUGGCCCCUAUGUCUAUAGUCGAGGCACUGUCCCAAAUUGGACUGUGUUUCAGAGCGGCGCAGUCGCUACAAGCAGCACAGUGGAGCAUUCGAAAUUGUGAGACGGCCAGAAAAAUUGACCAUCAGCUACGUUUUGACAUUUGCGAAAAGUUCAGACGAGCAUUUAGAAUGCUAGCAGAUCACAGCUCAGAAUCAAAAAUCGCCAAACAUGGAGCUCACAUAUUGUCCGAAAUCGCCUCGCAGAUAGGAUCACAUUACGAAAGAGAGCAGACGGUUUUUGUAGCUGCUCAAAAUUUCUCACACGAACAACUUAAUAUCGACAUGUCUCUCCCUGGUGAGGAUAUUUCUGCAUACCAGACUAUUGAAGAAAACGAACCCUUUGAUUGGACGCACUUUAUUACUUCACCCGAUCGCUCUUGGUUCUUUGAGGAUUUGUUUUUAGAA